AUGGAAAAGGAGAAGUGGAAAAGUUUAGACUACAUUCUGAAACUCAAUUGUAAAGUGAGUUUGCAGGGUUACCUAAGAGCAAUAUCUAAAGUAGCAAAACAGGCUAGAAGCUGUUAUCCAGAGGACAUAGGCGUGGACAGAAAAUUAUUUCUGCAGAUGCUGUUACUUGAUUCGUGCUUCAUCUUAGUAAAAGUCGAUGGAACUGUUUUGGCUGCUAGGUCAAUCGAGACUCAAUCUGCUGAAGCUACUAAUCAAGGAGCAGGUAACAGUAUUAUAGAAGAAAUUGGUGUAAAUUCUGAUCAAAUUGCCGAGAGCCAAAGGAGUAAACAUGAACGUGCAUCUGAGAAUUCAGUGCACGAAAUUGAGUUAAGCAACUGUCAAAUGGAGACCGGGUAUGAUCGAAGAUACUGUGCUCAAAGUGUCCAUCAUCACCAAUAUGACUGCAACAUGGUUGCAGACUGGUAUGCCAACUAUGCCUGGCAUGACUUAUUUUUGCUAGAAAACCAAAUACCUUUCUUCAUAAUAGAGACAGUUUACGAGCAAGUUAAAGAUUGUUUCCGAACGGGACAGUUGCCAUCCUGGUGGUGCACAGCAUCACAGUAUCAUGAAGCUGGAAUCAAGUUGGAGAAAAGAGUUUACGAUGAAAACAAUAAGCACUCUCUCUUGGACAUGAAAUUCAGCAGCAGAACCAUAGAAAUUCCCUUUCUGGCAAUAGAUGAGAAUACUGAAUCCCUUUUCAAGAACGUAAUUGCAUUUGAGCAAACUGACCCUGGGUUAGGUAACGACUUCACUGCUUAUAUAUCCGUUAUGUCUCAGCAUAUCAACACAUCUGAUGAUGCAACACCACUCGUGGGGAAAGGGAUCAUUCUUCAUGUGUUGGAUAAUGAUGCCGAGGUAUCACAGCUAUUUACUAGGCUCAGUAAACAGAUAGUUUUCUAUGCUGACAAGCAGUACUAUCUAAAAUCUUUGGGUCAUGAAUUGGAAACUCACUACCAGAGUCGGCUAAACAGAUGGAUGGCAUGGCUUUGGCUUAACCAUUGCAGUAAUCCAUGGUUGGUACUAGCUGUGCUAGCAGCUGCAGUCAUGCUUCUGUGCACUGUCGUUCAAACAAUAUAUACUGUUUUAGCAUAUGUUGAACCGGCAGAAUAA